AUGUCCCCGCUGCCCCUUUGUGUCCUCCUGAUCCUCACCCCACAGCCUUCAUGGCUACUCCUCCCGGCAGCACCGCCUCAAGACUUGGCGUUCGACCCGGACCUCAUGACCCCUGGUGCCCCGGAAGCGAACGCACCCAUGUCUCUGCGCUCUGCUGAUCUACCGCCUGACCCUGCUCAACCUGGUGACCCUGAACAACCUGGUGACCCUCCUGACCCUGUUCAACCUGGUGACCCUGAACAACCUCCCGACCCUCAUCAUCCUCCUGACCCUGCGCAAAGUGUGGAUGCUCUUCAUUCGCCUCAAAGGCUGAUGCCCCUGCCCGAGCCGGGGGCCUUUGACAACCCCGGGUUCCUGGCACGAGUCCAGAAGUUAGCCCGGUCUCAGAGAGUCUCUGGAAUUCCGGCAACACAAUUGGUGCCAGGGCCUGUUCGACGGACAAGAAAGGUGGGCAUACCCAAGAUGAUUCGGGCUGAGGGCUCCCAGUCAUUGGGAAUCCCUUUAUCUCUCGCUAGUCAAAGUUCCACACCAGGUGACUUUAUUGCCCCACCACUGAAUCUAGUUCAGCGGCAACUCUCAGGGACAAUUGGAAAACCUGAGAAUUAUGAUCCACAGGAUCAAAUAAAUGAAAUGCUGCAGGCGCCUUUGGACCUGCUAGAGGCCACAGACGAGGCUCCAGUGCCUCCUGAGGAAAAUAUUGAACCUCCAGAGGAGGCGGCUCACUCUCUUCCCAUCAGGCUGUAUCCGAUGCAUCAGGAGCCCUCAGGUCAGCCUCCAGAACGCCCGAAGACUGCAAGAGGCAAGAUUAAGAGAAAGAAAAAUGGGCGCUGGAAGAGUGAGCUCCCCAAGAGUGAGUACCCCGAGAGUGAGCGCCCCGAGAGUGAGUGCGAGUCCCGAGAAAUCAACCAAGCAUCUGUGGAGUUUACCUUAAUUCAGGAGUCAGUGGCCCCAGCACAGUUACCAGAGUCUCCCAAGGUAGUUAAACCUACAGUUAAGCAGGGGGCCCUUGCUCCCCUUCAAGAGCACCAUAAGGAAGUUGAAUCUUACGUGGUUCAAGAAGAGGCUCCACCACAAUUCCCGAAGCCCUCCAAAGAAACGGAACCUGUUCCAGAUCUGGAAGAAUCUCCAAAGCCUCCUGAAAUACUUGAGCCUUCUCACACCCAGCAGGAGGUUCCAGGUUCCCCCCUAGAGCACUCUGAAGGUUUCCAACAGGAAACCCCAGCCCUGCCAGCCAAGCCUCCCCAAAAGGUUAAACCUUCUCCAGCUGAGCACGAGGCCCUAGUUCCUCCAACCCAGCAGAACGCUACUCAGCUUCAAGAGCCUCUUGGUAUUGAAGUUAAACCUAUAGCAGAUCAACAAGAGUACACCCCAGAGCCUCCAGAGUCCAUGGAGGACAGGAAGCAACCUACAGUCAUGCAUGAGGCCCUAGCUCAGUCUUCAGAUUCAAAGAACGAACAUUCUCUACUCCAGAACUCAACAGAACCUCCAACAUCCACUGAGGAAGUUGAAGCACCUGCAUCUUUGCAGGAGGCCUCAAGUUCACCUGCAGGUCAAACUGAAGUUAAGCACCCAGUGCUUCUCACUUCCACAGUUAAACCUCUGGAACUAGUGAUUACAAUAACUUCACAACCCAUGAAUGAAGUUGAAUCUUCUACAACCAAAUUAGUGACCUCAUCUCCACCUCCAGGACCCGCUAAGAAGGUUGAACUUUCUCCAGGUCAACAAGGAGUCCUAAUUCUGCCUCCUGACAACCUGGGCCAGGUAGAACCUUCAACUUACCAGGAAGUCUUAUCUGGUAUUCCACAGCCCCCCAAGGAAACGGAACCAUCUCUAACCCAGCAAGAGGUCCCAGUUCAGUCUCUUCUGCCCUCUGUGCAGGUAGAACCUUACCAAACUCAGCAAGGGGUUCCAUUGCAACUUCCUCCAGAAGCUGAACCUUCUCCAGCUCAGCAGUGGCUCACCAGUCAGUCAUUUGAACCUGUUGGAGAGAUAGAAAGUGUAGCUCAGCAGGAGUUCCCAUUGCAGAAUCCACAGUCCCCCCAGGGGAUUGAACCUUCUCUGCCACAGCAGGAGAACCCAAUUUGGCCUGUGGAGGCUCCUGUGGAAGCCCCUGUGGCCGCCCCUGUGGAGACUUCUUCUCCACCUGAGCAAGGGAUCCCAUCCCAGCCUCCAGAACCUCCCACAGAGAAAGAAGCUAAUCCAGCCCAACCAGAGGUGCAAUUUCAGCCUCUAGAGCCUCUUACGGAGGUUGAACCUCCUCCACUGCAGGAAUACCCUCUGUAUACUCAAUAUUCAGUGCAGCCAGAGGUCCCAAAUGUACUUCUAAAGACUCCUAUGGUAAUAACGCCUUCUCUUGUUCAAGAGAAGCAACUACAUCAAGAGCUCUUUGAGCAUGUAGAACCACCUCCAGUCCAGCAGAUAGCUUUUGCCCCAUUUCCAGAACUCCCUACGGAAGUGAAGCCUUCUGCACCAAUUCAACAUGUCCCAACUCGGAUUCCUGAGCCUUCACUUCAGGAGACUGAAACUUUACCAGUCCAGCAAGGAACUUCUCAGCAAUUGAGUAAGACCCCUAAUAAGGUAGUACAGCCUUCAGAGCCCCCCAUCGUAGUGGAAUCUUUAACAACCCAACAGCCAGCCUCAGUUCCAACUCCAAGUCAAGAUAAACUUCAACUUUCAGUUCCGUCCAACAUCACCAUUCAGCCUCAGACCUUGAAAGUUAAAUUAUCACAGGGAUCCAAAACAGAGGUUGUUGAGUCUUCUCAGACUCAGCAAGAGCCACAAACUCCAUCUACAGAACCACCUGAGAAGGCUGUAACUCAGUCACCAGUGAAUAAUGAGGUGACAGUUCAUUCUACAAGUCAGGACCAAACUCAGAAUUCAAAUGUAACUGAUGUUAGACCUACAGACCUGCCACUUACUACAGCUCCUCAAUAUACCUCAAAGAUUGAACAUUCCAUUGCUCUGCAGAAAAUCACAUUUCCUCCAAAGGAAAACACACUUAAGUCUUCUUAUGUAGAGUUUACCAACAUGACAGCUUUACAGACUGAGACUUCUGCAACCCCAGAGGAGACUGCAUCUCCUCUCAAGCAAGUGACUGUUAAAAUUGUGAGUCCUGAAGUUACCAUCACUGAGCACCCAGCAUCAACAGAGGAAGCUCUUGCUUCACCAGUGACUCAGCAUUCUUUAAAUUUCAUCCCAGAGAAGGAGCACAUGUCUCCAAGUGGGCCACCAACACAGAGUGCCAAGAACAGAAGUAAUGCUGACAUAUGUGAGCUCUGUGUCUGCCAAAAUGCCACAUUGUCCUGUACUGGCCUUCCAAAAGAGAAGAAGCUCCGCAGAGUGCCUGUGCCAGAGCCCAACACGUACAACGGCACCUUCACUGUCUUAAACUUCCAAGGCAAUGAUAUUUCUUACAUUGAUAAGAAGGUUUGGAAGGCCUACCGCUGGACUGAGAGACUAAUUCUCAGGGACAAUUCCCUGACUGAAUUGCGGAAGGAUUCAUUUGAAGGACUUCUCUCUCUUCAAUAUUUAGAUUUGUCCUGCAAUAAAAUACAGUAUAUCGAAAGGGGUACAUUUGAAGCAUUGCCUUUUUUGCAGUAUGUAAAUCUCGGAUGUAACUUAAUUACCGAAGUCACCUUUGGAAUGUUUCAGGCCUGGCAUGGAAUGCAUUUUUUAAACAAGUUAAUUCUCAGUCGUAAUCCUCUGACAACUAUUGAAGAUCCAUAUCUUUAUAAAUUGCCAGCAUUAAGUUAUUUAGACUUGGGAGCAACACAAGUGUCCCUCAAGACAGUUGAGAACAUCCUCCCAAUGACGCUUCAAUUGCAAAAACUGAUUUUACCUAGUCGUCUGACUUGCUGCCUUUGCCAAUCUAAAAGCACCAUUGAAGUUGUAUGUAAAACACUCAAGAUGCACUGUGACAGUGAAUGUCUGCAAAACAACAUAUACUGUAGUGAAGAAGCAUCUCUAAUGGCUAAAGAGGGAACUUUCAUGAAGGCAUUGCAAGCGCGGAAGAAGAGUAACAGCACUGAGCUGAUUAUUGAGCCAGAAAAACUACCCUCUGAUAGAAGCGGUGUCACAUUGUUAGCUAUUGCAGGGGACAGAUUUGAAAGUCAGCUCAGUCAAGAGCUACAGCCCAUCAUCCCCAACAAUAAUGUGAGAAUACUCCUUUCUCAUGUUCUCCGGACUUUGAAAAUGGACUGCUCUCAACCCCGAGUACAGCUGGCCUGUGCCCAGUUCAUCUUCAGAACAGGUCUCCUGUUGAAGCUUCUCAACGAGCAGCAAGAUGUUAAGAUGGCUAAGGCAGACUGGGACACAGAACAACAGGAAACAGACUUCAUCAAUGAAGACACAGAAAGCCGAAAUGUGCCAAAAGUGCAGGAACCAGAUGAGCCCACAAAUGAAGUGCUGAAUGAGGAGUUUUAUAAGAAACUCUUCGUGACAGUAUCUGUCAUUGCCGUAGUGGUGAUUUUGGUUCUGGUGUUCUGUCUCAUUAAGGGAGAUCCAAUCUACUACGGACAUAGAGAAGGGCACGAUGUGAAAGGAAAGUGA